AUGACCUUCUUCUCUCCCAUUCAACGCCAUCAAGUGUUCAUAAAUUACCGUGGAGAGCAACUGCGUUACAACUUCGUGAGCCACCUCGUUAAUGCCUUUGAGAGGCACACGAUCGAUUUUUUCUUAGACAAAUACGAGCUGAGAGGAAAAGACCUUAAAAAUCUAUUUGUAAGGAUACAAGAGUCAAGGAUCGCGCUGGUCAUCUUCUCUACCAGGUAUCCGGAGUCUAGGUGGUGCAUGGAUGAGUUAGUGAAGAUUAAGAAACUUGUGGAUAAAGGAAAGCUCCAAGUCGUUCCAAUAUUUUACAAGGUAAAACCACAAGAGGUGAGAGGACAAGAUGGUGAGUUUGGUGACAAGUUCUGGUCUCUCGCAAAGGCUUCUAGUGGAGAUCAGAUUAAGAAAUGGAAAGAUGCUCUCGAGUGUAUCUCCGACAAGGCGGGUUUGUCUUUGGGAGACAAGAGCUCUGAAGCUGAUUUUAUCAAGGAAAUUGUUACGGAGGUUCAGAUAGUUUUGGCAGCAAUGGGACUCGAUGAAGAAGGAGAUCAUUAUGUCAAUCCUCUUGGAACAAAGAAGAGAAAGCCUGGGAACUGUAGUUGCUCAUAUGGUUUUAAGAAGAGAAAAACUAAAAAGUUGUGA